AUGGCACCAGAAGUCAGCCGCACUGAUGUGAAUGACAUACAUCCCUGUUAUGAAAUAUAUAAUGUCUCCUACAGACUGACAAGCACUCCUUCUACAAUAUGUGUUUUAAUAUUUAUUUUCCUUGGGUCAUUAUCUGUUGUCACAGUAUGUGGAAACCUUCUGGUAAUAAUCUCUAUCAUUUACUUCAAACAGCUCCACACUCCUACAAACUCUCUCAUCCUCUCUCUGGCUGUAGCUGACCUGCUUGUUGGUCUUGUAGUUUUUCCUCUCAGCAUGGCCUUCUCUCUUAGCUCAUGUUUACAUUAUGAACAUUUAUUUUGCAAAGUGAGAGAUAGCUUUGAUGUAACACUGAGCACAGCUUCCAUUCUGAAUUUAUGUUGUAUUUCCAUAGACAGAUAUUAUGCAGUGUGUCAGCCUCUGACAUACAGAACUAAGAUAAAUGUUAAAGUUGUUGUGGUCAUGAUCCUGGUCAGCUGGAGUGUGUCUGUUUUAGUAGCCAUUGGCUUUCUAAUUCCAGGAUUAAACCAUGAAAAAUGUGACGAUAAUUGUUUUAUUGAUCUUCUACUUGCACAAAUUUUGGGACCCAUUUUCUCAUUUUACCUCCCAGUGAUCAUAAUGCUCUGUAUCUACCUGAAGAUUUUCCUUGUGGCAGAGAGACAGGCACGCAGCAUCAGGAACACAACAUGUCAGAGCACAAAAUGUGGAGCAACUGUAGGUAAACAUGAGAGAAAGGCCACCAAAACUCUUGCAACAGUUAUGGGAGUUUUUCUGAUGUGCUGGACUCCUUUCUUUCUCUGUUUUACUUUUCAGCUUUUGGAUAAUGUGUCAGUACCACUUCCUCUGUUUGAAACUCUUAACUGGCUUGGACUGUCAAAUUCAAUGCUCAAUCCAUUUAUUUAUGCUUUCUUUUACAGCUGGUUCAGGUCAGCUUUCAGAAUGAUCAUUUCUGGGAAAAUAUUUCAAGGUGAUUUUGCAGAUACACAACUGCUUUGA